GGCUAGCGGGUUCGCUGCAAGUCCUUGCUGUCGUCCCGGUUUUCAGAAAGAACUAAAGAUGGCUGAAUUUCUAGAUGACCAGGACACUCAACUGUGUGACAAUUGCAAAAAAGAAAUUCCUGUAUUUAAUUUUACCAUCCAUGAGAUCCAUUGUCAAAGGAACAUUGGUAUGUGUCCUAUCUGCAAGGAACCAUUUCCCAAAUCUGACAUGGAGAGUCACAUGGCGACAGAACAUUGUCAGGUGACCUGCAAAUGUAGUAAGAAGUUGGAGAAGAGGCAGUUAAAGAAGCAUGAGGAGACCGAGUGUCCUCUACGGCUUGCCCUUUGCCAGCAUUGUGAUUUGGAACUUUCUGUUCUCAAACUGAAGGAUCAUGAAGAUUACUGUGGUGCCCGGACGGAGUUAUGUGGCAGUUGUGGGCGCAAUGUCCUGGUGAAAGAUCUGAAGACUCAUCCUGAUGUUUGUGGAAGAGAUGGGGAGGAAAAGAGAGAUGAAGUUGCCAUGCCUCCUAAUGCAUAUGAUGAGUCCUGGGGUCAAGAUGGCAUCUGGAUUGCAUCCCAGCUCCUCAGGCAAAUUGAGGCUCUGGACCCCCCUAUGAGGAUACCCCGAAGACCUCUGAGAGCCUUUGAAUCAGACAUUUUGCAUAGUAGAACUUCCAACCAAAGGAACAUGACAGCCCAGUUUCCAAUUCAGAAUAAUCUGUUGGAAGAACAAGAAAGGCAGGAAAGGAAUAGAAUCCGACAGCCCCCAAAAGAGGGUGGUGAAGAUAGUGCAAACUUGGACUUCAUGUUGGCCCUAAGUCUGCAAAAUGAAGGGCAGGCCCGCAGUGUGGCAGAGCCGGACUUCUGGAGGGCUGUAUGUGGUACAGACCAGUCCCUUGAAGGUUCCAGUGCUCUCAAUGACAUGAAGGGUGCAGCUGACCAGACCAUGUUGCCUUGUGAAUUUUGUGAGGAGCUCUACCCACAGGAACUGCUGAUUGACCAUCAGACAAGCUGUAAUCCUUCCUGUGCCUUACCUGCACGUAGUGUGGGCAGCACUUCCCCCAAAGGGGUGGAGGACCCUGAUGUCAUCUUCCAAAAGUUUUUGCAGCAGGCUGCGAGUAACCAGUUAGAUUCUUUGAUGGGCCUGAGCAAUUCACCCCCUGUGGAGGAUAGCAUCAUCAUCCCAUGUGAAUUCUGUGGGGUACAGCUGGAGGAGGAGGUGCUUUUCCAUCACCAGGACCAGUGUGACCAACGCCCAGCUACAGCAAACAACCAUGUGACAGAGGGGAUUCCUAGACAGGAUUUCCAGCCUCCAGAGACCUCACCAGAGCUGCCCAAGAGGCGUGUCAGACACCAGGGAGACUUGUCUUCUGGUUACAUGGAUGAUAUCAAGCAGGAAACAGCUAAAGGGCCCACCUACCCUCUUCCCCCCAAUAGACCCAUUAACAAUAUGACAGCAACUUGUAACCGACUGUCAACAUCUACAUCAGGCCCCAGACCUGGGUGCCAGCCUAGCCCUCCUCGAAUACUGAAGCUCAACAACUUAGACAGCCAGGAUGGCCGGGCACGCAAUCGAAACAGCCAUAAUGCAGCUAUGGCCAGCGGACAUGUUCCAGUGAUUCACCCAGUGCGAAAUCUCUACCCAGAAAACCUUGUACCCACCUUCUCUCGUGGGCCUUCAGGGAGAUAUGGAGUAAGUGGUAGGAGUGAAGGUGGCAGGAACUCGCGGGUCACCUCCACAGCUGCUAACUACCGAAACAGAACUGCAAAGGCAAAACCCCCCAAGCAACAAGGAGCUGGGGAUGCAGAGGAGGAAGAGGAAGAAGAGUAAUGGUGUCUCCAAGAACCUGCACGGUGGUUCCAUCUUCUCUGCACAGCAGCACUUGCCAUGGUUCAGGCCCCACCUCUUGGGCUCUGUGGGCAGGGGAGAUUUUACAGAUUUUAACUUUUUCUAGGUUAUGGCCAUUUUGUGUCUUUUGAGAUUGUGCUGUGGGAGUUUGAGGGUUUGGGGGAGGGUUAGCAGGGAGGCUGUUGAGAAAUGU